AUGACCGACGCCCAGUUCUUCAUCGACUCGGCACGGCAGCAGUACAAUGACUUUGCUGGCGGCGUAGAGAGACACUUCGAAAAUGUUGCGACGCAGCUACGAGACUGGCUACCCGAGCAGAUGCGACCUCGUCCUCCGCCACCACCGCCAUCUCGCACGCUGAUUCCUGCCACAUACUGGAAUCAAGUCAACCGAUGGGUAUCGCGCAACACUGCUCUGAGUGCUGGCAUCCUCACCUUUGUCGGUACAGGUGCUGUUCUGGUCUUCAUACAGAGGUCAACACAUGUNAAAAAGAGAAGAGCUAGGAAGUCGAACAAUGGUGCAAGAACAGAGGUUGUCGUCCUUGCUGGUUCUCCGACAUCACCCCUCAGUACUGCUAUCGCCAUGGACUUGGAACGUCGUGGCUUUAUCGUCUAUGUCAUCACCAGCACCAGAGAAGAUGAAGAACACCUCCGCAAGCAGUCGCGUCCAGAUGUGCUCCCCUUUGACCUUGAUCUCAUCCACCCCGACAAGGCCGAAGGACAAAUGCAAAGAUUUCAUCAUUUCCUGGCGCGCCAUCACCAUGCUUUUGAUGGAGCUUCUGCUCAUCGCCUGACAUUAGCAGGCGUCAUUCUCGUUCCAGACAUCUCAUCCGUUGCCGUGGGAUCUAUCUCACAGCUCUCACCAGAAGCUUGGUCAACCGCUCUGAACGCAAAAAUCUUGCAUACCAUCACCGUCGCACAACAUAUGCUCCCACUCGUGACCGAGUUCAAGAGCAAAAUACUCCUUCUGACACCAAACGUUGUUUCGUCAUUGCGACCGCCUUAUCGUGCAAUCGAAAGCACCGUAUCCUCUGCACUGGGCGCAUUCGCUGCAUCCUUAUCGUCAGAACUCAGCCUUCAAGGAUUGCAUGCUUGUCACUUCAAGCUCGGAAACAUCGAGAUCGCCGGGAGCAAACAGAAAAGAGAUGAGAACAAGAAGGCCAGGGGUAUGCCAGGUACAUCGAUACGCAAACUCCACGAGGCCAUGUUUGAUGCGUUGCACAGCAGCAACCCUAGUCGUACAUGGCACGUUGGCAGGGGUAGCUUGAUCUACGACUGGAUCGGAUCGUGGGUUCCCAGUGGAGUCGUAGGUUGGAUGAUGGGAUUGCAGCAUGCACCGAGAAACGAGGAUCAGCAAACUCCUGAACUCGAAGAUUCGUCAAGCGACCGAUCGAUCACAUGGGAGAAGAUUUGA